AUUAAUAACCAACUCAUAUUGCACGUGAAAAUGAUAUCUCCAAGUUCAACGGCCUAUAUUAUUGACUUAUUACGAAAAAUAUAUACAUAAAAAAUAAACUUUACACUAGCUCUACCACUAAUUUCUUAAAUAUUUUUGUUACCAUAUAUACAAAAAUAUUGACCUUUAGCUGCAUCUAAACAUGGCGAAGCUAAGUUUCUUCCUCAUCUUGAUCUCAAUUCCUCUCAUCACCGGCUGCCGGAAACAGCCGGCGGCGGCGCUCUUCAUCUUCGGCGACUCCCUCUUCGACGCCGGAAACAACAACUACAUCAACACCACCACUCUCGACCAAGCCAAUUUCUGGCCAUACGGCGUCUCCUACUUCCACCAUCCCACCGGAAGAUUCUCCGAUGGCCGAUUAAUCUCCGAUUUCAUCGCUGAACAUGCAAAAUUGCCACUGAUUCCUCCAUAUCUGCAGCCAAGAAAUUACCGUGAUUUGCAGAAUUACCAUGGGGUAAAUUUUGCAUCUGCUGGAGCUGGGGCUUUAUCUCAGACUUUUCAAGGGCUGGUAAUUGAUCUCAAAACACAGCUAAAGUACUACAAGAGAGAAGUUGCUGAACUAAGGCACAACAUAGGUGGUGGUGCAAGAAUUUCAUCAACUGCAAUUUACUUGUUCAGCAUUGGCAGCAACGAUUAUAUGAGCCCUUUUCUCUUAAACUCUACUCUUCUCUCCUCUUAUCCUCACUCUAAAUACGUCGACAUGGUGCUCGGCAAUUUGUCAACGGUCGUCAAGGCAAUACACAAAAAAGGGGGCAGAAAAUUUGUAUUCCUAAAUUUAGGAGAGUUGGGAUGUUUCCCGGGCUUGAGAAUUCUCAAACCAGAGACAGAUGGUGGAUGUUUGGAAGAAGUUUCAGAGCUAUCAGAACUCCAUAACAAAAAACUCAAGGAUUUGUUGGUGAAAUUAGAUCAACAGCUGCAGGGUUUCAAGUAUUUCCUCUACGACUUCAAAAGCAGUCUUGCACAAAAGACAACCAGGCCCCUCAAAUACGGGUUUGAGGAAGGGAAGAUGGCGUGUUGUGGGACGGGGCGUUUCAAUGGGGUAUUCAGCUGUGGAGGGAAGAGGCCAGUGAAGGAAUUUCAAGUGUGUGAAAAUCCAAGCAAGUAUGUGUUUUGGGACUCUUAUCAUCUCACAGAAAGGGUUUACAAACAAAUGGCAGAUGAAAUGUGGUAUGCAAGCACAGAGAGAGACAACAGCCUAAAGAAACUAUUCCUAUGCAUCUAAUGCAUUUGUUUGGUAAUUUAUGAUAGGCUUCUUCGAUUUUUUCUUUCUUUGGGUUUAUAGGAUGGCCUAUGAUAGACUUAGACCAAGUCUUUUAUAUGUUUAGAACAAAUAAUUCAUGAUUCAUAUUGGUAUUCGCUCGUUCAAGUCUGUUUAA